AUGGUGAUCCGUGCCGCAUGCCUAGUGGGUGCCGGUGCGGUCUUGAUGGGUGCCUUGGACUAUUGGGCUGCACCGACCUAUCCAGUGCACCAGUCCGGUGCAGUGCUCAUCACCGGAGCCUCGACAGGCAUCGGCCUUCAUGCGGCAAAAGGUCUUGCAGAGAUGGGUUAUCGCGUUUACGCGGGUGUCCGCUCGCAGGCAGAUGUAGAGAAGAUCAAAAGGGAAAACCCUAGCUUGGAACCUGUGAUCAUUGAUGUGACCAUUGAGGAGACCGUCACAAGGACCGUUCAACAAAUCAAAGAGGAGCUUAAAAUCCAAGGUCUGAAGUUUGUUGGCCUGGUGAACUGUGCGGGAGUUUCGAGGCGUUUGCCACUGGAACUGGAAGAUAUGGACAUUGUGAAGCAGCUCUACGAGGUGAAUGUUUUUGGAGUCACACGGGUGACCCAGGCCUUUUUGGAAUUGCUCAGGGAUUCCCAAGGACGCAUCGUCAACAUCGGCUCUGUGGCAGCCUUGCUUCCGCACAAAGGUAGCAGCACCUACAGCGGCAGCAAGGCGGCGUUGGAGAUGAUUACAGAUAGCCUUCGUCUGGAGUUGGCGCCCUGGAAGAUCUCCGUCAGUGUGGUCCAGCCGGGCUACGUCCAAACGGCCCUGGCGGAGAAGCAGACCGGCGACAAUGCCCCGUGGCGUAAGGAGGCACAUGAUAAAGCGCCGGGCCCGGAAGUCACCACUGAUGCCAUCAAGCAUGCUAUGACCAGCACGAAGCCAAAGACCCGUUAUGUGGUGGCAAACGUCAAGGGCACUCCCGCGUGGGUGCUGGCCUUUCUGGGAUGGCUUGGUGAAGAUGCGGCAGCAAAGGCCAAAGUGGAUGAGGCUCCCAUUCCGAAUCCCGAGACUCUGGAAGAGAGCACCGAAGUUGAGGAGGCCCCCCUGCCAGUACCAGAGAUUUUGCAUGGUCCUACUCGGCGGCUGUGGCAGCACAUUAAAUCGCUGGGACUUUUACAAACCAGCGGCACCGUAACCAAACAUAGUGUUUUCAAUCCGGUGAUCCUGGUGGCAGGUCUGAUCAGUACGGUGAUUGCCCUCUCAGCGGUCAUCGCCUUCACCACCACUCCGUCGGACAAGCGUGAUGGAAAGAGACCAGUGGCUCGCUGCCCUGCUCCUGCAGCUGGUGCUGCCGUGCUUGCAGAGGGUCGCAGGCUAUCAGCCGUGCAUGCCCGUGCGGGUGUCCGAACAUGUGCCCGUCCGUCAGAUAUUGGCAGCCGGCAUCCAUGCAGCUCUGUAUCCGUACCCGCGGCCUCAGCCACCUCAUUGCCGUCACCUCGUAAGCCUACACACGUAGGAGGAGAAGAAGGUGGAAUGUUCAACUGGUCCCCGAGAUCUGCAGAUGAGGACGAGGAUACUCUUUGCCCCUGCUUGGUGGUUCCUGACGGUAUGGAAUUUGUUUUUGCUGUCAGGGAGGUCUUGACAGUUCUCAGACAAGAGCUCUCUUUCAGCGUUGUCGACCUUGAAGGAUCCCCUUUGAGUCACAUCAUCGUCAACGAAUCCGGAUUGGGGCCGCAAUGUGGAAUUUUCUUACAGAUGCUUGAUCAAGAACCACUUGCCUCCAUACGCACUGACAUGCUGCAUGGAUGGCCCACCAGCUUGCCUCAGAUCUGCCUAGCUUCGGGAGAGGUGUUCUGCACCAUGGAGAGACGUGGUCAAGAAUACGUCUUACGAGACAACAACAAUGAAAUGCUCUUGAAGUUGGAAGGGAACUUCAAAGAAAAGGCUGUCAAAGUGAUCAGUGGGUCAGGGCAGUUGGUGGCAGUGAGUGAGAGGCUGGACGGCGGCGAGCACUACCAGGUGCGCGUGGCUCCUCGUACUGAUGCCGGAUUGGUCCUAUGCAGCUUGCUGGCCGUGGACAAGAUUGAGGGUGGUGGCCGCGCUAGUUGA